CGCGCCCGUGCGCCCGCCCUUUUGGGCUUGGCGUCCCCCAGCAUGGGCCGCGCUCUCCUUUUCUCAAACACCCACGUCGCGCGCUUGCUCUCCCCCUUCUUCUCCUCCCUCCUGCCAGCUUCCUCGACAACCACACUCGCUUGCUUCUACUGCCGUGGAUUAAACUUUUUAAUUCUUUUCUUCUCUCCCUCAUUAGAUCAUCUUCGAUCCCCCCCGCCGCCUACCCUUUGGUAUCCAGCGAUCCCACAACAAACAGAGCAGUCUUAAUACACCACUACCCUAUCACCAACCCAAACCCCCACAAUGCCUUUCCUCAAGUACGCUCUGCCCAUACUGGCAGCUGCCACUUUCGCCUCCGCCGAUUGCCCUACCUCCGAUACCGUCAACAUCAAGAGCACGAGCGAUGUCUCCUUCAGCGACUGCUCCAGCUACAAGGGCAAAAUCACCCUGGACAAGGACUUCUCCGGUGACCUCUCUUUCGGCAACGAUCUCGAGGAGAUUGACGGCGACUUGCUCAUCGAAGACAACGCCAACAUCAAGCGUGUCGACGGCCCGGCCAUCAAGAAGAUUUCCGGCACUUUCUCCAUCAAGAGGACCCCCGAGUUGGCCGCUCUCUCGUUCCCUCUCUUGGACGAGGCCAAGAAGCUCGAGAUGGAAGGUCUCCCCAACUUGCGAAACCUGAACUUCGAUAGCGAGAUCUCCAGCGUGGACGAGCUGAGCAUCGAGAACACCCAACUCCAGGACUUGAAGGGUAUCAAUCUUAACAAGACGAACAGCAUCAGGAUCAUCGCCAACGGCGCAAUUGCCAACAUCUCCAUGGGAAUCAAGAACAUGACUGGUGCCAUUGAGAUCAAGGACAACAAUGCCGACGUCACCAUCUCCUUCCCUAACCUCGAGCAUGCCGGAAACAUGAGCUACCGUGCUGUCGGUAACCUUUCUCUUCCUUCUCUCAAGGAGGUGUCUCCCGGAUCAUUCGGUAUCCAGAACAGCAAGAUGGGCAGCUUUUACGCUAGCAACUUCACCGAUGUCAAGGAUGCUCUCAUCAUUGCCAACAACACCGAACUUGCUGACCUUCACGUCCCCGCUCUCCAAAAGGUUGGCACUUCUUACCGUAUCGAGAGCAACGACAAAUUGAGCGAGAUCAACAUGCCCGCACUCGAGGACGUCGGUGCCGCUCUUGACAUCAGUGGAAAGAACCUGACUUCUGUCAAGACCGAGAAGCUUGAUCACGUCAAGGGUGUCUUCAACCUCCAGUCCGAGGCUUCGCUGGGCGACUCUUGCAAAUUCUAUGACGAUCUCAACAAGAAGGGUGACCUUGGUCCCAAGAAACAGUACACUUGCAAGGGCGACCUCAACAAGGCUAGCAAUGCUGGCGCUGGUACUGCCUCUGGUUCCAACGGAAGCGAUCCUUCUGACAGCGCUGCUGUUCCCGUCCAGGUGCAGACCUACCUCGGUCUCGCCGGUCUCUUCGCCGUUAUGUUCAUCUAAAGGCAAAGAAGGAUGAAUUGACACACGAAAAAAGCAAAACUCUUCUCCGUUCAAACCACUGUAUAGCUACACCUAUCAACUUUGUAGCAUCCAAAUUGCGAGUACGCUAGACGUCCGAUGGGACAUUUUGAUGGAUUGGUGUGGAUGGAGGGAGUUGAACAUGGUUCGACACGAAACAGUCUUGUAUGUAUGAGGGUUGGAGUAUAGUAGAUUUGUAAUAAGUCGCCCUCUUUGGCACGUCUCACCAAGGCUGAAGCUUCAUGAUUUGUCUGCGGUGGAUGAUUGACCAGGGAUGGAUGACGCUGCACGGAAUAUCCGCACUCUUUUACUUUCAUGUUUAUAGGUAUGGCGUCUCCUGGAAUACAUUUUUCUUUCUGUCUCCAACAGCGUUGCCCCCGUCGUCUACUCCGUGAUGUGUGUACUUGGCAUGAUUGGAUGGAAUAUGGGACUCUCAAGAUGAUGUCGACCAAUUUGUGUCGACUUUCAUACAUUGACAACACUGGCUUAGCGCAUUCUGCUGUACGUACAAGAGCAGUAGCGAUAUGUAACUAAGUGCCCACCCCUUCAAAUGAUUGUACCAUCCAUCUGCCCUCGACGGACCCACCACCUGCCACUCUCCCAAACCAGAGCCGUGCUGGCGAAGUCUCCACCAGAACGAGGAUCAUGCAGCAUUGCUCUCCACGCGCCUGGUCAGAAAUCGAUGGACCUAGAUUUCUUUUUGAUUCCAUGUGCAAUCUCGAUAUCCGCCACCGAUCCUACCCUCUUUUCGAAUCAAGACUUGGGGGCAGCGUCCAUGGCCCAAACCAGCCGCCCAUCUCAGACACUGAUGACGGAAGAAGUAGGCACGUUCUGUAUUCAUUCAACGUUGCGGCACCUCAGUCUUGCACUCGCCCGUUACUUGUCACCCUUCAGCGCCUCUGGUCUUGGGAAACCGUACUAGCGGUGAAAGGCCUUGCAUCCGCUGGCUGCUCUGGCACUGUUGGAAGUUCAAGGGAGCCCCCGGUAAGUAACCCUACCCUGCGCCAACCGAGCCCAUUGUUUCAGUCUUUUGCGCAAGGGAUAUGCCCAUCGUGGGUGUUACCAAGAAUGGAGAGCUCUGCUUUUCUU